CCACGCCCCGAGAGCCGCCAUCUUGGGGGGGCGGAGACAGCCCUGUAGGGGCCGCCGAAACUCUACGAGAUGUUGGCUGGCUUGGGCUUUUCUGGCCAGCGCUGUGGGACCGAGGCCGAAGAACCCACCGGGGUAGCUCCUCCGGCUGCCUCUCCGGAAUGAGGCCUCAGCGCCCGCGCGGGACGGCACCCCUUCUCCUCAGAGCAAGCCGGAGGAGAGACCGGAGCCGAGACCAUGCCGGGGAAGCUGAAGGUGAAAAUCGUGGCCGGGCGCCAUUUGCCGGUGAUGGACCGAGCUAGUGACCUGACUGAUGCCUUCGUGGAGGUAAAAUUUGGUAAUACCACCUUUAAAACAGAUGUAUAUCUCAAGUCCCUCAACCCUCAGUGGAACUCAGAAUGGUUUAAAUUUGAGGUGGAUGAUGAAGACUUACAGGAUGAACCUCUGCAGAUCACAGUUCUUGACCAUGAUACAUACAGUGCAAACGAUGCCAUUGGCAAAGUAUACAUCGACAUUGACCCUUUACUCUACAGUGAAGCUGCAACAGUCAUCUCAGGGUGGUUCCCAAUUUAUGACACCAUACAUGGUAUCCGUGGCGAAAUCAAUGUAGUAGUCAAAGUAGACCUCUUCAAUGAUUUAAAUCGAUUUAGGCAGUCAUCAUGUGGAGUCAAAUUCUUUUGCACAACAUCUAUUCCAAAGUGCUAUAGAGCUGUAAUAAUUCAUGGAUUUGUAGAAGAACUUGUGGUCAAUGAAGACCCAGAAUAUCAAUGGAUUGAUCGAAUUCGCACACCAAGAGCAUCAAAUGAGGCCAGACAGAGACUCAUUUCUUUAAUGUCAGGUGAACUGCAGAGGAAGAUUGGGUUGAAAGUACUUGAAAUGAGAGGAAAUGCUGUUGUUGGGUAUUUACAGUGCUUUGAUCUGGAAGGCGAAUCUGGGUUAGUAGUACGAGCCAUAGGAACAGCGUGUACUCUGGAUAAAUUAAGUAGCCCAGCAGCAUUCCUUCCUGCAUGUAAUUCCCCAUCCAAAGAAAUGAAGGAGAUUCCCUUCAAUGAAGAUCCCAACCCCAAUACUCAUUCAUCAGGACCCUCAACCCCUCUGAAAAACCAAACUUAUUCCUUUUCACCUUCCAAGUCCUACAGUCGACAGUCCUCUUCUUCUGACACAGAUUUGAGUUUGACACCCAAAACUGCACCUUACCCACAGGGGCCUAGGAUUUACCUGUGUCCCAGCUCCCCCUCUCUCUCUUGUGGUUCCCUUCAUCUUAAAAAGUCCUGUCUCCUCCUCUCGGAAUCUAGCCUUACCCCUCAUCAUUCUAGCCUUGUCAGCCCAGUUCUGAGGAAAAGUGUUUCUUUCAGUGAAGAGCUGUUCCUGGCUGCUUCUGGAAUGGGAAGUGGUAGUGCUGGAAAAGAAGGGGGGCCAUUCAAAGCUCUCUUAAGACAGCAGACUCAAUCGGCACUGGAACAGAGGGAAUUUCCAUUUUUUACCUUGACGGCAUUUCCUCCUGGAUUUCUUGUGCACGUCGGGGGUGUUGUUAGUGCACGCUCUGUGAAGCUUUUGGAUCGUAUUCACAAUCCUGAUGAACCAGAAACUCGCGAUGCAUGGUGGGCAGAAAUCAGACAAGAAAUAAAAUCACAUGCUAAAGCAUUAGGCUGUCAUGCUGUAGUGGGCUACAGUGAAUCAACUAGCAUCUGUGAAGAGGUCUGUAUUUUAUCUGCAUCCGGCACGGCAGCUGUACUGAACCCUAGAUUUCUGCAGGAUGGCACCGUGGAGGGCUGUUUGGAACAGAGGCUAGAAGAAAACCUGCCUGCAGGCUGUGGGUUCUGCCAUAUACCAUAUGAUGAACUGAAUAUGCCAUUUCCAGCUCAUCUCACCUAUUGCUAUAACUGCAGGAAACAAAAAGUCCCUGAUGUUCUCUUUACCACAAUAGACCUCCCAGUAGAUGCCACAGUUAUUGGGAAAGGUUGUCUUAUUCAGGCCAGGUUAUGUCGCUUAAAAAAGAAAGCACAGGCAGAAGCAAAUGCCACAGCUAUCAGUAAUUUGUUACCAUUUAUGGAAUAUGAAGUGCAUACUCAGCUAAUGAAUAAACUAAAACUCAAAGGAAUGAAUGCAUUAUUUGGACUCAGAAUUCAGAUCACAGUGGGUGAAAAUAUGUUAAUGGGCUUAGCGUCGGCCACAGGUGUAUACUUAGCAGCUUUACCAACGCCUGGUGGUAUUCAGAUUGCCGGAAAGACUCCUAACGAUGGCUCAUAUGAACAGCAUAUAUCUCAUAUGCAAAAGAAGAUCAAUGACACGAUUGCUAAGAACAAAGAGUUAUAUGAAAUCAAUCCUCCAGAGAUAACUGAAGAGAUUAUAGGAUCACCUAUACCAGAACCUAGACAGCGCUCAAGACUUUUGAGAUCUCAGUCAGAAAGCUCUGAUGAGGUUACAGAAUUGGACCUUUCACACGGAAAAAAAGACGCUUUUGUUUUGGAGAUUGAUGACACAGAUGCUAUGGAAGAUGUACAUUCUCUACUUACUGAUGUUCCUCCUCCCUCAGGCUUUUAUAGUUGCAAUACAGAAAUUAUGCCUGGUAUAAAUAAUUGGACUUCUGAAAUACAGAUGUUCACAUCAGUAAGAGUAAUCCGAUUAAGCAGCCUUAACCUGACUAAUCAAGCUCUCAAUAAGAACUUUAAUGAUCUCUGUGAAAAUUUGCUCAAGAGCCUGUAUUUUAAACUGCGGUCUAUGAUCCCUUGCUGCCUUUGCCAUGUCAAUUUUACAGUAUCUCUGCCUGAAGAUGAAUUAAUUCAGGUUACAGUCACAGCAGUUGCAAUAACUUUUGACAAAAAUCAGGCUUUACAGACCACAAAAACACAUGUUGAAAAGUCAUUGCAAAGAGCCUCUACAGAUAAUGAGGAACUUCUGCAGUUUCCACUGGAACUCUGUUCAGACUCACUGCCUUCUCAUCCUUUCCCACCGUCUAAAGAACACCUGGAGAGUGCAAGUUCUAACUCAGGUAUACCAGCUGCACAGAGAGCAACGUCAGUUGAUUACAGUUCCUUUGCAGACAGAUGCAGCAGCUGGAUAGAGCUCAUUAAACUGAAAGCUCAGACCAUAAGACGCGGAUCAAUUAAGACAACUGUGACAGUCGAAAAACCAAGUCCAAUGGGUGAAGGAAAUUUCCGGAGUCGUUCUACUCCACCUUGUGCAAAUUCUACAGUAGGGGUUGUUAAGAUGACACCUCUUUCUUUCAUUCCUGGAGCAAAAAUAACUAAAUAUCUUGGAAUAAUCAACAUGUUUUUUAUUCGAGAAACCACUUCUCUGCGGGAGGAAGGAGGAGUCAGUGGUUUUCUCCAUGCUUUUAUUGCUGAGGUGUUUGCAAUGGUGAGAGCUCAUGUGGCUGCCUUGGGAGGAAAUGCUGUUGUCUCCUACAUAAUGAAGCAGUGUGUCUUCAUGGAGAAUCCAAAUAAAAACCAGGCGCAGUGUCUUAUCAAUGUAAGUGGUGAUGCAGUGAUAUUUGUUCGUGAAUCUGAAUUAGAAGUGGUCUCAACUCAGCAACCUCCUGUCAACUGCCAGAUCUCAUGUACUGGAGGAGAAGUUACAACCUGAAGUAAAUGAGAGAGAAAGAGGGCAACUCAAUGAAAUUCACCUGUCUCCAUUGUUUUGUCAUUAAUUAUCUUACUAGACGUUUUACAAAUUGAGAUAAUUAAGAAAAGUUGAUACAUUGAGUAGAUUGAUUUAUCUGGAAUCUCAUGGAGGCACAAGAGCUUUCUAAUCUUGACAUUUGCCAAAUCUAGACAGAUGUGCCCUGUGGAAUCUUGUCUCUUCAGUAACUUGAUAUAAAUUUCUCAAAGAACUGUAGCAAAGAUGGAAGCUAUUAGUAGUUUGUGUUGAUUUUUAAUGAAAUUGUAAUUUUACAAAUGAAAUGGGAAGAUUAUCAGGAAACUGGGAAAGCUGCCCUAAUGUGAUUUAGGAAAACUAAGCAAGAAAUUCAGAUUUUUAAUGAAUAAACAGUCUGAUUUAAAGAAUGUUUUGGGAGACUGUAGAAAGGUUUUCAGGAAACUAUUAUGUGAGUUUCUUUAAUGUGUUUUGUUUUGAUGAGGAAUUUGGUAACAACUGAAAAGGAAAGUGCUUCAACCAUCUUUUAAAAAGAAGUUAAAAUUUUUCUACUUGUGUCCAUAUAUCCUAACUACUAAAAAAGAAAAAGUAAUCUAUCAGAGCUAGUGUCCUUUCAUUUUUAGUUUUAAUAAUGUCUGUUAGGAGGGAGGAAAAAAAAUCACCAUGUAACUUUGUAACUGACCAAAUUUUAGUAGCAUCUAAUUUGUCUAGAAGAGGCUUGGCUUUAAUUGGGGAGAAAAUGUCAGUAAAGUUUUUGAAGUAGUUCCCAUUAGUAGGAACAUAAAAUUAUUUUCUGAUAAAAUUAUUCUGUACUCCUACCAAAUAAACGGAAUUUUAGUAAUAUUGUAGGGAGUUUCGAUGGUGAGUUAGACUGUAUUUGGCAUAGAAUUUGAAAUGUAACUUGAAUGUAAAUAUGCUGCAAAACAUUGAAUGUAUACAUAGAAAUAUUUCUCUGUCCAUGCCAAAUACCUAUUAUAAAUGAACCUUAAAAAAGUACAUUCCUCCUUUGCACAAUAAAAUUUCUUUAUAAAACUCAUGAUUUUGUUCUUCCAGAAUAACGAGCUGCCCUACAGAUUUGGAGUCAUUUCCUUGUUAUCACAGGUGUCAAUAUU